CGUUUAUAGGGUCACACAAUGAAAACGUAUGUUUUUUUAAUGUUGACGUAUGUCGCUACCACUACAGAGGGCGCUAACAUUUUGAUAACGUUCGAAGCUCCCAGAAGAAGCCACCAGAUAUGGAUCAGUAACGUGGUGGAGCAACUAUUAGAGAGAAAACACAACGUUACGAUGGCGAUACCAUUUCCGGAUACCUUGGCGAGGAUCAAAGCCAAAGUAAGGGAAUCCAUUGAUGAGGUGACCGCCGAACAUGAAAAUUACACCUCCAUAGCACUGGAAGGAAUCAUUACCUACCACAAGCAUUUUGACCAGAGGCAGCUUAUCCACUCGGGGCUCGUGGGAUCCCUUAAAACAUCCCACCGUUACAAUUAUGACAUUUGUGACCGAGUUUACCGAUCGAAGGGCUUUCAGCGUCUAUGGAGCUACCCGGAUAGUUUCAAAUUCGAUUUAAUCAUCGUCGACGUUAGUUUGGGUCAGUGCCUGUAUCCGUUAAUCAAAAAAUUUGGAGGAGCUCAAGUAGUGGGAUUUUCUCCGUCUUCGUUAAAUCCGUAUCUGUCAUCGGUAUUUGGCAGUGACGAUCAGUCAGCUUAUAUUCCUUCACGACACUUGAGGGACGUAGACUUGAGGUUUUUCUUCGACCGCCUGCUGAAUUAUUUGACCAACAAAUUCGAAUACGUUUUCAAACAAAAUUGGGAACUCAAAUCGAUAGAGAAUCUAGCCGAGAAACAUUUGCAGGAGGAGUUCAACUUCGAAGAACUCCAACGGUCCGUUUCGUUGCUCUUGGUCAACUACAAUCCGCUUUUGAAUCGGGCUCAACUGCUACCUCCAAAUAUCGUGCCUGUCGCUGGUUUGCAUUUGAAACGGCCUGAGGAAUUACCCUCGGUGUUGGCUAUGAUCUUAAAUAAAGCAUUCCUCGGCGUUGUAUUCGUUUCCUUGGGGACGGAUAUUCAGCCCGAAAUUUUAUGCCACGCUGAUACUAAAACUAUAGCGAAUGCGCUUGGAAGAUUGGUCCAAAAGACGGUUAUUUGGAAAAACCGCACCAUAAAUACGGACCUGCCUGAGAAUAUCGUCGUCCAUGCCUGGAUGCCGCAAAACGAACUGCUCGCUCACGCCAACACAAAACUGCUCAUAACGACUGGUGGAUUGCUGAGCAUACAGGAAGCUAUUGUGCACGGCAUCCCUGUGAUCGGACUUCCUAUCACCGAAGACCAUCGGGAAAACAUGAAAAUUAUCACAGAAAAUAAACUAGGUUUGCAACUGGAUGUCACCAACUUGACCGAAGAUCUGAUUUACGAUUCAGUCACUACAGUUUUAAACAACCCGGUGUUCAAAGACAACAUGGACACAUUCUCGCUCAAGUUUAAGGCCCAACUGGAAAAUCCUGUAGUCAAGGCGGUACGUUGGAUCGAAUACCUUUUGAGAUACAACGAUACGUCGUUCUUAAGUCCUUCCACUCGAUACGUCAGCAGUUUUUCGGCAAAGUCUUUCGACGUCGAAUUGUUUAUAUUUGUGGUGUUAUUGUUCGCCAUCUUCUCUAUUGCGCGGGCAUGCUUAAGCUGUUUGAAACUGAUCUACCGUUAUAGAAAUCGCACUCAGGUAAAAGUAAAAUCCCAAUAAAAUAUAUA